UUGUAUUCAGAAUUGCGCGUCGCCCGGCACGCCACGGACGCGGCCAUAUUGCAAUUGUCUUUUUAAUUUAAUUUUUUUGCUGUGAUUUGGCGGGAUUUAUAACAGUGUAAAGUUUUCAGUGUUUUCGGACUUCGUAUUGGAUUAUUUUGUAUUGAUUAUGAUGCUGUGAGCUGCUCGAGGCUAGUUUGAAUGUUUCAAGUUGGAGUGGUCGUAUUAUGUGAAGGGCACAGCGAUGGCGGACAACGAGGGACCUGUCACUGUGGACGACCUGCCGAUUACAUUUCAAGUGAAAUAUUUGGGUCAGAGCGACGCACGGGGCCUGUGGGGCAUCAAGCACACGCGCAAGCCUGUCGACCUCAUGGUCGCCGCCGCUAAAGCCUUGCCUCCAGGUCAAAUCCUGCCGAUGGUAAAGCUAAUGAUAACAGUGGACGGCGUGCACGUGGAGACAGCGCGGCUGGCCGGCAAGCGCGACGAGUUCGAACACAUGGCGGUGUUCUUCAACAUCGAGUCCAUCUCCUACGGCGUCCAGGACCUCGUCUACACGCGCGUCUUCUCCAUGAUCGUCGUGAAAGACAACGCGGACCUAAAGGGGUUGAACCCAUUCGAGUGUCACGCCUUCGUCUGUGAAUCUAGAAAUGCAGCGAGACGGCUGACGUAUUCGCUUGCAGCUGCCUUCCAGGACUACUCAAGAAGAGUUAAGGAAAUGCAAACCGCACCAGAUCAAGAGGACAAGCCGCCGAGUCUUAAGAAGAGGUUUGCGAUCGAUCUGCGCACGCCGGAGGAGAUAGAAGCAGACUUUGAGACCGAGGCCUGACCAAAGAUAAUGCAGUACACGUGAUAUAAGUUGGCACGUCAGACAUUAGAUUACCCUUGUUAUUGACGUGCCAACUUAAAUUAAAGUACUGUACAUUUACAUACGAGUAUUUAACUGCCUCACUCGCUGUCAUUAAGUGGUUACGAAGCGGUUCGUACUCUGAGAGGCAGCAAGUAGUCUGUUUUAAGUUUUAAACUGUAAAGAUGUUAGAUGACUAUCAAAUGUGUGAGUAUUGUUUUUGUUAAUUUUGCAAACUGUUUCUUUUUUCUGCAUUACAAAUUGGCAGACUAUAGUAUUGUAGUCAAUUAUUGUGUAAUUGAGUAGUUGCACAUUUCUACAGAAAUUAACUAUAAUUUCUAAAUUUUUUUCGACAUAAUGAUGUACCAAAAAUGUCGUAUUUUUAUAUAAAAAGCGAUGCGUUCUAAAUGAUUCAAAACUACACAGAAAAAUAUAAAAGUUAUAAUAAUAUAAUAAUUUUCUGUAGAAUAAUACAAGUCAAUUAAUAGACAAUAAGAGCUCAUAAUAUAAUAAAAGGCUGAUAAAAAUCCUGCCAAAAAUAAAUAAAGCUUGUAUUUAUUGACGAGAGACAAACAGUCUCGUUUCAUAUGUCAGUAACCGUGGGUUUCUGAUACCAAAAUAUCUUAUAACACGUAUCAUCAUUAUCUUUGACAAAACAGAGAUUACAAUAUUGUUUAAACGGAGAUUUUUGUUUCAGAAAGCCACAGUUAAUGUGAUUGAUAGAUUGUAAUAAGAUAAACCAAAGGUUUCCCUUUUGUGAAAUAAAUGUGAUUAUUAGUAUUUUAAAAUACCUACAAUUGUAAAAUAACUUUUACUUGCAUAUUUAUGUAGAAUUUUAUUAAGACUUUUUAAAAGAAAUACAAUAUCUUAUCUAAUAAUCCUACAGAUAAUAAUUUAU